GCGAACCACCGCUGCGCGUUUUCAUUGCCUCUUCUUCUACCUUGAACCUCAGCCACGGUCGGCCUUGCGAUCCACGAAGUCGAUUUGUUGCCCGAUUUUGGAAUCCUCUUGUAGCAACAACUCUCUUUCACUCCAGCGUUGUCGCAUCCCACUUUCAGCCUUCAUAACAACCACUCGCACUCCAGACCUAUGUACCGCCUACCUCACCAAGUAGCCCCAAAAUGCCAUUCAACCUGCUCAAGUCGCGGUCCUCCAAGAAUCUUCAGCUGGACCCUGUAAAUCUCGUAAAGAAGAAAUCAGACAUGGUGCGAAGUGCCAGAUCCACCUCAAGCCCCACAAUCGCCGUAGCCUCAACACCCUCCAACAACGCUGUGAACGAAUUAGUACGAUCGCGGGACGAAGCCCUCGCCGAAGUCCGGAAGCGGGAUGAAACGAUCAACCAACUCCAGAAACAGUUAAGAACACAAUCAUUAGCGGUGCAGAAUGUGCAAAGCCUCACAGAUGUAUCCGUUAAGGAGAUACGGCAGCAUGCAGCAGAACAGCGAGACGCAUAUGAAAAUGAACGGGAGGCCCAUCAUCACUCGCGAGUGUCUCUGCUUGCGCAGGUCCAGCGACUUAAGGAGGGAGUGGGCCAGCUGGAAGCCAGGCUGGAGAACCAGUCAGCGCCGAUGGAUAGAGAGCGCCGAGAGCGCGAUAAGCGCGAAGAAGAACUGCGGAAUAGGCAUAAAGAGACAAAAAGACAGUUCGAUAUUGAGCUCCGCGAACGAGAGGAGGCGUACAACACGGCGCAGAAAAUGGUAACGAAGGCACGAGCAGAUGUCGAUAAAUUCAGAAGUCAGUUCGUGGCGUCGGAGAAGCGGUGUACCGACCUGACGAAUGAGCUCGCGCUACAGGUUAGGUUCUUCGAGGACGAGAAGGAGGUUACGAGGGCUCUACAGCGCGAGCUUAAACGUUCAGAAGAGAAUGCUUGGGACCUAGCAGCAAGGCUCGAGCGCAUGGGGGAAGAGAAUGCGGAGUCGAGGGAGGACUGCAGAGCUGCUCAAGCAGAAGUGGCGAGAUUGAUGCCAUUCAGGGGCGAGGCAGACACCUUGCGGCCACAGAUAGGCCAACUUCGCGACAGACUUCGGGAAUCUCAGCGCGCACGACAAGAAGCAGAGGUCCAGUUCCGAGCAGCAAAGGACCAAAAUGUGGUGCAUACGCAGCGUUUCGCCUACGUCCAACAAGUCCUAAUCUCGGCCACUGUCGAAGUCAAAGAGCUCCAGUCCGUUCAGAAUCAACUAAAGAGUCUCAAAAAUGUGCUCGCUGGAGCUGGCACGCAAAAUGAGAGUUUGAAGCUCCAGGUCGCAUCCCUCGAAGCGUGGAAAAAACAGGCCCAAAAGGCCUGA